GAAAUUGCCAAUAGCCAGUCGCCAGUCGAGCUGCAGCCUGCGAGCCCAUAAAACGCCAGCUUUCAGUAGUCGGAGCGACAUUUGAGUGUGAGAAGCGUGCCGCAAACGCAACGCGAAGCCUUAAAAGAGAAUACGUUACAACAUUGAAUGAAAACACGAUUUUGACAGACUAACAGAUUGAUAGAUUCACAGAUUGACAGAAUGGCAACCGCAAUCGCAUUGAAGUGCAAUUAUAUUUAUUUGCUAUGCUUAAUUGUGUUCGCCUGGCAGAUGUGCGCUGCCAAACAGCUGCCAUUGCCCGCCAAUGUCGCUGCCGCUGCCUCURCGAGUGCAGCGACAACACCAGCAACAACAAAACCAGCGUCAACACCAAUACACACAGAGAGCCCCAGUAGUGGCAAUAGCGGUCAUCAGCAACUACGUCACGAAUCGUACGAUAAAGAUGACGACACAAUUGCAGACGCACUGCCCCCUGCGGCCGCGCGCCGACGUCGCCAGGUGUCUGAUUGGUUCAUAGCGCCCAACACACGCUGGUGUGGGCGUGGCAAUUUGGCAAAUGGAACGUACAAUCACUUGGGCGGCGCAUCGAUGGCUGACAAGUGCUGUCGGAAGCACGAUCACUGCAAGAUGUACAUACCGGCCAUGUCCAAUCGGUACGAUCUGUUCAACUAUCGCCCGUACACGCUGUCUCACUGCAGCUGCGAUCGGCGCUUCCGCACUUGCCUGAAAAUGGCCAACGACGAGGACGCCAAUACCAUUGGCAAGCUCUUCUUCAACAUGGUGCAGACGCAGUGUUUCGUCCUCAAAACGGAAACCCUCUGUCAGCAGCGGGGCACAGGCAGCGAGUCGGAUAAAUGCUUGAAGGAAACAGUGCGCCAUAAGGCCUACCUCAGAGAUAACAAAAAGUUUUAGGGGCAGCUGGGAAUGCAUCCGAAACCAAAGCCAGUUGAGUUAAGCCUGCCAAGUGCGUCAGCAAACAAUUAACAUAAAAAGCAAAAUUGGCAUUUGACAUUAGGUUUGAAACCUAAUGGCAAACUAAUCUCGAAGCUCAGAUGAACAACAAAACAACUUGAGCAAUUGCUACACUUAAAACUCGUACUUACGAAAGACAUACAUUAUUACUAAACUAUACUCUACAUUAAGCUUUCUACUCUAUAUAUGUAUACAUAUAUAUGUCAACUACUUAACUUAACUUUCGUAGUCUUAGCUUAAGCAUACAAACAUACAUAGGCUGCCUGUAAAACAAAGUUUUAAAUAGUUUAUAGCUAAAGUAGUUGGUCUAGCCAGUAGUACGCAUGACUAUAUAUGCGUAGUUUAUAAAUAAUGAAAAUGAUAACUAAAUUGUUCACCUAAUGACACUAAUUUAUUAUUAAGUGUUGAGGCAGACGACUCGGCUUUGCCUUGAUUUCAAUUAUGCUUACAUUACGAACACUUUAGUCUAUUGUAAUUAGCGUUUAGCUCGGAAAUACGAAAGCAACAAUAAAAAUGAAAGUGAUUAAAUAAAAUUCUACGAA